AUGAGGAAGAGGUGGAAGAGGUGGAACAAGAGGAAAGUGGUCAAUCUGAAGAAGAAGAAGAAGAAGAAGAAGAAGAAGAAGAAGUUGGUGGAGAAAGUGAAGAAGAAGUUGGCGGAGAAAGUGAAGAAGAAGUUGGCGGAGAAAGUGAAGAAGAAAGAUGAAGAGCAGGAUGGGUCUCACUCUCAUGUGGUCAUAACCCUAACCGACCCAGAAGUAUUUGAUUGCCCUAUUUGCUUUGAAUCCUUGACAAUCCCCGUCUACCAAUGUGACCAAAAUGGGCACAUAGCUUGCUCCUCCUGCUGCACAAAAAUCAACAACAAAUGUCCCUCCUGUUCUGGGUCUGUUGGAUUCAAUCGUUGCCGUGCCAUCGAGAAAGCUCUUGAAUCUAUCACAAUAUCGUGCCAAAACAUUCAUUAUGGGUGCAAAGCAUCUGUGGCUUUCCAUAAAAAAGGUGAACAUCAAAAGGCAUGUGUGUAUUCACCUUGCUCUUGCCCCCAUUUAUCUUGCAACUUUGUCUCUUCAGCUGAGCAGCUAUACCAACACUUCAGCAGUAGCCAUGUGAAUUCUGCAACACAAUUCAGGUACUACGACAGUAUUGCUGUAUCAUUAAAUGCCAGUGACAAAUUUCUUGUUCUUCAAGAGAAAAAUAAUGGUACAUUAUUUAUCCUCAAGAACCAUCGUGUUGAAGAUCUAGGAAGUGCAAUGACAAUUACUUGUGUACAACCUGGCUUCAUGGAGGGCUUCUUCUUUGAGCUUUAUGCGAAAACCGAGAAAAAUUAUCUCAUAUUACAGAGUUUCACAAUGAACGCUCCAAGCCUGCAUCUUAUUGAUGAUAGCCCUCCUAGAACCGGGUUUCUUUUAAUUCCUUGUGGGUUUAUCAGUCCUGGUGGCCAGCUUAAGAUGGAACUUUGCAUAUGGCCGAAAGGUGUCCUUCCUAUAUAG